AUGGCUUCCGCUUGCGUAAAUAGCAUCGGGAUGUCGCCUGAGAAUUUAUUGGAACGUUCACAGACUUACUCUUCAUACGGUUGGUUGAAGCCUCGUUUCUCAUUAGGCCGUGAAAUCACAGAUGGAGAUACAUCCAAAUCCAAGACAAAGAGGUUUUCUUCUCCGGCGAAGGAGCUUGCAGAUCUGCCGGAGGAAUCAGAUCCAAACGAGUUUGAUGGUUUUCAGUUCAGUCUUGAAGAUCCGGUUAUGAUGCUUCCCGCCGACGAGUUGUUCUCCGACGGUAAACUUAUUCCGCUGCAUUUGUCAGUGAUCCGCCAGGAAGUUGCUUCGUCGACAACAACGAUAAUGUCCUCUCCAGAUACUCCGAGGUCUCACCGGAGAAUGGACGACGCCUUUGCUUCCGAUCCCUACUUGCUUUCCCCUAGGGCGCCGAGGUGUUCGAGCAGGUGGAAAGAGCUUCUCGGUUUCGGAAAGCUUUACCAAAGCAGCAACAACAAUGCUAAACAAGACAACAACAAACGGACAUCGUUAGCGUCUUCGCACAACGCGACCGGAGCAACAAAGUCUAUUAGACAUUUUCUUCACAGAAGUUCAAAAUCUUCAAACGAUUCGUCUGUUAACCUUCCGUUACUCAGGGAUACAGAUAACGAAUCUGUGUCUGUCUCUUCGCGCCCAUCUCUUUCUUCCUCUUCUUCCAGUCACGAUCUCGACGAUCUUCCCCGUCUCUCUCUCGAUUCCGAUAAGCCUGGGAAAGUGAACUUGCACGCAAACCCUAGCAGUCGUCCAAAAACUAGAAUGGUAAAAACGAGGACACAGUCAACGGAAUUAAGAGCAUCAACGCGCGUUGGCCGAAGCACGAUGCGUCGUUCAUCGGACUCCGCAAUCACCACCGCCCGUGGCGUGUCAGUCGAUAGUCCACGAAUGAACUCCUCAGGAAAAAUCGUUUUCCAUAGCUUGGAGCGAAGUUCGAGUAGUCCAAGUAGCUUAAUCGGUGGACCUAGAUUCAAACAUAGAGGAAUGGAGAGGUCAUAUUCCGCCAAUGUGAGAGUCACACCGGUUCUAAACGUUCCGGUUUGUUCCCUUAGAGGUUCAUCCAAGUCCGGCGGUAUGUUUGGGUUUCCGAUAUUCUCCUCCCAGCAGAAACGGGAAUGUUCUAGUACAAGUAGUAACGGCGGAGCAAACCGUAGUCAACGAUUCGCCGGAAAGUCUCGAACAGAUUGUUCUUAA